AUGCUGGUUCCGGCGCCGUACAAGGCGCCGGAGAAGAAGGCUAAGAAGAAGGUCAAGGAGGUCAAGGGCGGCCCCCGCCCUAAGGGUCCUUCGGAUACUGUGUCCGGAGAGACCGACUCCUACUCCUCCGAAGACGAAGAGGAGGAGGAGGAAAGCGACUCCCCCUUCAAGGGAAAGGGGAGGAAGAGGGCGGCCACCGAAAACGCGGGAAAGGGGGCGCCCAGGAGGAAACUGAAUCUCCCGGACAGCUCGGACUCGGAGUCUGGAGCUGAUUUCCGAAAGCAACCCAGGAGCAAGCCCCUGGCCGAAUUUCCUCCCCUCACACUCCCCAGCACACCAUUAUCGUCAGGGAGCUCUCUACCAACUGACAUGGCGGAGAGUGACACACCGCCGCAGGCUCAACCGCCCAUCAAACUAGGGAACACCGAGGCUUCCCUGGUAGCAGCAUCCACCCAGGCCGCAGAGGUUUCUGAGCUCAAUCGGAAGCUUCAAAUAGCUGACGCAGAGCUCGACCGCGUUAACAAGCGGUUUGAUGAAACGCAAGUUGGCGCAGCUGAGGUCGAGACCCUCAAAGGCGCUCUUGCACAGGCCAAGAAGGAGGCCAAGAUGAACGAAGCAGCCGCUGACAAAGCGGCUGCCGAGCUGGAAGCCGAACAGGUCUCCUGCUGA